UGCGCUCUUUAGACGGAUACCAGCAGGUUGCAGGAAGUAGGCUACUUUCUCAAACCUACUUCAAAUAAAUCUACGUGUCAAUAUCUGCAUCACAUUCCUGGUGAAACCCCAUGGCUCGUGUCUUCGUCUACGGCACCCUGAAGAGGGGCCAGCCGAACUAUUACCGCAUGUUAGAUGCUGCCAACGGGAAGGUGAAGCUCCUGGCGUCUGCAUGCACCGCCCAAAAACACCCGCUGGUUAUCGCCAGCAAGCACAACAUCCCUUUCCUCCUCAACGUCCCGGGUCAAGGUCACCGGGUCAAGGGCGAGAUCUACAAAGUGGACGAGAAGAUGCUGAAGUUCCUGGACGAAUUUGAGAGCGUCCCCACCUUGUAUCAACGCACUGAGGUUAAACUGGAGGUGGAGGAGUGGGUCGGAGAAGAGGAGAAGGAGAAGAUGGCAUCAGGAAGUAUCAUAGAAGCGUUUAUUUACAGCACGACUUCAUACGAGGCGGACUGGCUUUCGCUGCGUUGCUACGAGAGCUACGACUCAAAUGGAGAUCAUGGGCUGGAGUAUCAUAUUAAAGAAGCACGAGACUGAUUUCCGUGGGAUAAUCAGAGCAGAUCUGGAGUCGAUAGUUAAACAAAUCCACUGUUUUCCUCUAAUAAAAAUCACUUACUGUUCUGUGAACUCCUA